CCCACCCUAUUCGCUUCGAGCGGUGAAGCGAGGCUACAAUAUAGAUGAUUUGCGGCUCAGAACGGCUUGACCUUCUCCUGAAGAAAGGACCCGAACCCCGGCCGUACGGUACGGACGCUACUCCACCAACUUCAAAUGCCUGGAGUUCAAUCGCCGCCGGCCGAUUCCUUCCCCUACGACGAUGACGCUCAAGCCGAAGACGACGACGAAGAAGAAGUAGAAGUAGAAGAAGAAGAAGAAGACGGAGAAGAAGAAGAAGAAGAAGAAGGCGACGAUGCCGCAGAAGAAGAAGAAGAAGAGGAGGAGGAAGAUAAAGGAAACCAGUCGGAUUCACCGGACAAAGCCGAUGAUGAUGAUCGUGAUGAUGCUAGAGAAAACGUGAAAUCUCAGAGAGAUGGGGGCUUUGGAUCAGGUUCAUCUACCAGAGGGGACUUUGGGCUUGAUGUGGCUCUUGCUGAGACGAAUAGAAGUGUAGAAGUUGUGGUUGAUAAGAAAGAUGCUGGAACCGUUUCAGAAAAGAACUCUUCUACAAACUACACAAAUCCAAAUUCCAAUAGCAAUGCUGAUUUGUCUAAAACCUCCAUUUUAUCCAGCGCUGAUGGAAAAGAGAUGGUUGCUGCUAUGCAGAUGAAUAGUUUUUUUGGAAGGAAAGAUGUGCCACAUUCACAUGGUGAGACUAAGCAAAUGGACAUGCAGUCUGGUGAUGAUAGAACGGAAAUUGCGUCAAGAUUGGCUUCAUCUGGGAUAGAGACUAGAAGUCUCACACCUGGUACUGAGAUUAAGGAUCAAAAUAAACGCCCAGCAAUCAUCUGCGACUUUUAUGCCAAAGGUUGGUGCAUUAAAGGUAGUUCAUGUAGGUUUCUUCACGUAAAAGAUCAUCAGAAUAAGGAACUUCCACGACGUGAGGGAGAGGUUGCUGCAGAUUGUAAAAGAGAGGUCCAACUUGAAGGUUUAAAAGAAACUACUCAGACAGCAAGGUCGCCUGGUGACCCUCUAGCUGCUUCAGUUGGAAAUAAGUCUCUGUUUUCUUCACAAAGGAUCCAGCCAUGGGAUCACAUAGAAAGCAAAACCUCGCAUCAUUUGCCCAAAUUACCCAAGUUACCAUUGCUUCAGAGAGACGAAUCAUUUCCUUUCUCAUUUAAGGAUAUAGGAAUAGACAGGAAAGGGCAAAACAGAUCUGCUAAUGACUAUGGCAACCGUGGCUCUGUUUUCAGGGACAGGUUGUGUCCUGAAUACACAGUUUCUUCAAGUCAUCACUUUAUGAAUCCAUCUUCUCAUUCUAGAAUUGUGGGGGAUCUGGCUAGCGUACAAUGCCAACCGCCAUACAAUUCUCUGCCUUCAUCACUAUCUAGCCAUCCUCGAAAUUCAAGCGCUAGUAAUUCUCUUUUAGCUACUGGCACGCUUGCAUCUAACCAAGUCUCAUCAUGGACAGGAUCGUUACUGCCAUUUAGUUAUUCCUCUUUAAAUGCAAGUCAUCUUGGCUCUAGCUCGUCUUCCUUGCUUCAGGGCUCUUCUCACUUUUCUGGUGAUAAGUUGAAAUCAACAAAGCGUAAAAUUUCUUCGAACGAUUGGGAGCCAUCCGUCCCCUUUCGACCAUCUUUCUUACUUCGUUCUUUGAUAUCACCUCCAGGAAGCAAGUAUGAUCCUCUUCGCGAUAGUAUUGAGUUACCCAAGUUGGGUGAAACGUCCUUGAGAGCUUCUCUCCAUAGCCAAGGAUCAUCAAUUUUAAAUUCGUCACACCAACAAGACAGUGGCGAUGUAGUUUCAGAGCCCCGAGGCCUGGCAUGUAAAGAUGAGACAAUGUCUGUAUCUUCUCACAAUACAAACCAUGGGAAAGAUAUGCAAACAGCUGAAGUAGAGGUUGUGGGAACUUCUAGUGACAGGAAACAUAGGAACUUGCUAAAACAAGAGAAUUCCUUGGGCUCAUCUGCUGCCAAAGAUAUCACAGCAGCAAAGAGUGAUGGUAGACACCAAAGGCUUGGUCCAAGGGAUAGUGUGGAUGUGAAAAUAGAUAGCUUCAGACAAAAAAACAAAAUGGAGGCCGGGCAUAUCAUGGAAGGGGGUGUGGAUAAAGAAUCCAAAGCACUGAGGCAAUUCCGAGCUGCUCUUAUAGAUUCAGUGAAAGAGUCUUUGAAACCAAAAUGGCGUGAGGGUCUUCUCAGCAAGGAUGCGCAUAACAAGAUUGUUAAAAAAGCAGUUGAGAAGGUUCUUAGCACCUUGCAGCCCGAUCAGAUGCCAACUUCUAUGGAAUUAGUUAUGCAAUUCCUUGCUUCGUCCCGUCCAAAAAUAGAUAAGCUCAUUGAGGGAUACACAGAAAUAUACGGCAAACUUUAAGCGCUAGGCCAAGUGUAAUAUCUUUUGUUUAAGUUUGAACAGUGUUUGUUAAUUGGAAGUCAAGAACAUGUUGUUUGGGGCUCCUCUUACGUAAGUAGAAUGCUGUGAAUUUUGGUGAUAUCAUUUAGUUAAGUACAGUUUUUUAUUUAUUUUUUCCCAAUCAGUUGAUCCAUCUGAAAUAAACUGUUUUUUUCCCCCUGUUUAGUUGUGUGAGAUG